CAUAUAUUAGCUUCAACACUCAUUCCGCCAUCUCCAGCGCCCCUCUCUCUGCCGUUUCACUCAGUUUUCCUCUCUCGACGCUUCUUCGCUGUCACCCGAUUUUGAGUCUCUUCGAUCAAUAGCUUUUCAAGAGAUGGGCGAAGAAGUCAAGGCAGUGAUUCCAGAGUCAGUGUUGAAGAAGAGGAAGAGGGAAGACGAAUGGGCCGUGGCAAAAAAGCAAGAGGUUGAAGCAUUGAAGAAGAAGAAUGCUGAGAACCGAAAGCUCAUCUUCAACAGAGCCAAGCAGUAUUCUAAGGAGUAUGCCAAGAAGGAGAAGGAGCUGAUCCAGCUAAAGCGCGAGGCCAAGUUGAAAGGAGGGUUUUAUGUUGAGCCAGAAGCUAAGCUUUUGUUCAUCAUUCGUAUCCGUGGUAUCAAUGCCAUGCAUCCGAAGACACGAAAGAUUUUGCAGCUCUUGCGGUUGAGACAGAUCUUCAACGGUGUCUUCCUAAAAGUGAACAAGGCUACCGUGAAUAUGCUCCACAGGGUUGAACCAUAUGUAACAUACGGAUACCCAAAUUUGAAGAGUGUAAAGGAAUUGAUUUAUAAGAGAGGUUAUGGGAAGCUGAACAAGCGAAGAACUGCUUUGACUGACAACUCCAUAAUCGAACAGGCAUUGGGCAAGUACGGAAUUAUCUGCGUGGAGGAUCUUAUUCACGAGAUCGCAACUGUUGGACCUCAUUUUAAGGAGGCAAAUAACUUCUUAUGGCCAUUUAAGCUCAAGGCUCCAUUGGGCGGUCUGGAGAAGAAGAGGAACCACUAUGUUGAAGGUGGAGAUGCUGGAAACCGUGAGAACUACAUCAAUGAACUCAUCAGGAGAAUGAAUUAGGUUUUGGCAGUUUUUUUGAUUAAGAGAUUAUGAUCAUUUUGUUUGUCAUUAGAACAAGUAUGAGGCUUAAAUUGUUCUUUGAAGUUGGACACAGUUUUUAUUUCUUUUUUAUGGUAUUUAAAGCUUCUGACUUUCGAUGCCAGAAGAUUUUGUUGCAUUCCAGAAGUUUCUAAGCUAGUGUGAUCGUAAUACUAUAAUAGAUAUUUCAUAAUCUUUUGUUAUUCUCAGUUUGACGAGGUUUGUAUCAAGUACAAAUGAUUUUGAUUUGAUGAGGCAAGUCAUUACUGGUU